AUGCGCGCCGGCAAAGACUCUACCCGCGGGAUGAUGACCAUCCUUUUUAUCGGGAUGAUCACCACCCUAUCAAUGAACCUCGCCAAUGCUAUGCUUUGUACUGAGGCAUUCCAAACCAAGGAAGGGGGAUGGGGUGCACCCCCGGGCAAAGCCGCAUGCCUCAGUGGUUCUGCAUCCCGCUUGUGUAACUUGUCGACCUGCUACGGAUCAUCACCGAAUGGUCCACUUGAUGUGAGUCAAUCGGUUUUCACCGGAUGCAGCAUAUCGGAUGACGGCAAGGACGGGACCCUCAGUGUCUAUGUAAUCAGUUAUGGAAUGAACAGCGGGAAAUUUUCUGUUACCGGUAAAACUUUCCCUGGCCGCGAUAAGGACAUUGAAGUAUUCUGCACAAAUAACAAACAAAACAGAGACCACCUGAUCUGUGAGUAUCAUCUGAAUUAUGCUAAGUACAAGUACGUGAGCCAUCCUUCAUCCGGCAUGCGUGACUGGUAG